CUGUCACUUCGACAUCAUGGCGUAGCGAUGUGGACGAACGGGGGGUAGUACUGGUGGGAGCGGAGAAGUUCAGAAAGCAGGCACGGUGGAGUUGUUUUGAAUAAUAAAAGAAACAAACUAACCGGAAUAUUUGAAUUCUCUUCGAGCGGAGUUUCGGUUUAUCAGUGAAUGAAGAUGAUGUCUGAUGCCAGCGACAUGUUGGCAGCUGCCCUGGAGCAGAUGGAUGGUAUUAUAGCAGGUUCCAAGGCUCUGGACUACUCCAAUGGGUUGUUUGACUGCCAGUCGCCCACCUCUCCUUUCAUGGGCAACCUGCGGGCGCUUCACCUUCUGGAAGACCUGAGGGGCGUCCUGGAGUUGAUGGACACAGAGGAAAGGGAGAGUCUUCGCUGCCAGAUCCCUGACUCCACAGCUGACAGUCUGGUCGAGUGGCUUCAUGGUCACCUGUCUAAUGGGCACAUCUCUCUGAGCGGGGGUGACCACUACCAGGAAAGGCUUUCCCGACUGGAGAGCGAUAAGGAAUCUCUGGUUCUCCAGGUGAGUGUGCUGACAGACCAGGUGGAAGCCCAGGGAGAGAAGAUUCGGGACCUGGACUUGUGCUUGGAGGAACAUAGGGAGAAACUCAAUGCCACUGAGGAGAUGCUGCAACAGGAGCUUCUGUGCAGAACUGCGCUGGAGACCCAGAAGAUUGAACUGAUGUCUGAAGUGUCCAACCUAAAGCUGAAGCUUAAUACCAUGGAGAAGGAGAGAGUGGACUUUGAUGACAGAUUUAGGGACAGUGAGGAUUUGAUUCUUGAAAUUAACGAAUUGCGGUACAGACUGACAGAUCUGGAGAGUGAAAAACUACUAUACGAAAAGAAACUUAAAUCCACAAAGGAGGAGCUAGCCUUACUGAGGAGGCAGCUGGAGGGUAAAGAUGGUGAAAUGAGGAGACUACAGGAUGAGACAGGCUUCAAAGCCCUCGCCUCAAGCAGUUCAGAUCCCUUAGAGAGAGUCUCUCAUCCAGAUGAAACUCUUAGAAAGAGGCUGAAAGAAAAACAUGUGGAAGUGCAGAGAAUGAAAAAGGCAGUUGAAUCAUUGAUGGCAGCCAAUGAAGAGAAGGAUCGUAAGAUUGAAGAACUAAAGCAGUCACUGCUAAGGUAUAAGAAAGUUCAAGACAUGGUGAUGUCAGUGCAAGGGAAAAAAGAGAAAACCAAAGAUAACGAGCACGUUGAGAGUCAUGGUGAUGGAUCUCUUGCAUUCAUGUCAGCCAACCCUGUGUCUGAGGAACCCGAAAAGCAUGAAGAUACAGAUGUUCAGCAACCGAAAAGAAAGAGCCCAGAUGAGCUGGAAAUUCUCAAUGGCCUGAGUGAAGAGCCUUCACCUACACCAAGUCCUUCAGACCCAGAACGAGUAUCCGAGUCCACACCAAUAGAUGUAGAAAGUAAAGAUACCACAAAGACUAGCAGCCAGGACCACUUGGAUAAGAGCGAUAUGAGCAGUAAUGAAAAGAACACAAGCGAAGAAGUCAGUAAGAUAAGUGAAAAGCCGCCUUUGAGUCCCUCGGCCACCUUGCCCACCAAUACAGAGGAUGACAGCUUUGGCUCGAGAAAGGCUCGUUCAUCUUUUGGAAAGGGUUUCUUCAAGAUCCGCGGGGGCAAGAAGACAGGGAGCUCUCCUAACCUUGACCGCAGCCGGAGUGCAAGUGCGCCUAUGCUAGCUGAAACAGAGCGACAGGGCACUGACCAUUUGGAUCUGGCUGGGUUGCCGCAGAGGUCGUCUAACAGCGACAGCACGCACACACUCCCUACGACCCCAGAGAGCAGGAAAAAAUCCAAGGGAAUAAAGAAACUCUUUGGGAAGUUAAAAAGAAGUCAGUCUACCACAUUUAACCUGGAUGACAACCUACCAGAGGGUGAGUUCAAGAGGGGUGGAGUGCGAGCCACAGCGGGACCCAGACUGGGUUGGUCCCGUGACCUCCAGCGAGUCAACAAUGAUGUUGAUGCUCCCUUUGCACGCUGGUCAAAGGAUCAGGUGUGUGACUGGCUGCAGGAGCAGGGUCUCGGCCUUUAUGUGAACAUGGCUCGCGUAUGGAUCUCCUCUGGACAGACGCUGCUCCAGGCUUCACAACAGGACCUGGAGAGGGAGCUGGGCAUCAAACACCCGCUGCACAGAAAGAAGCUGCAGCUGGCUCUGCAGGCCCUCGGUUCAGAGGAGGAGGAUAGUAAGGGAAAGCUCGACUACAACUGGGUGACAAGAUGGCUCGAUGACAUUGGUCUGCCUCAGUAUAAGACCCAGUUUGAUGAGGGAAGGGUGGACGGUCGCAUGCUUCACUACAUGACAGUGGAUGACCUGCUUUCUCUGAAGGUGGGAAGUGUCCUGCAUCACCUCAGUAUCAAGAGAGCUAUACAAGUGCUCCGACUCAACAACUACGAACCCAACUGUUUACGUCGGAGGCCAUCUGAUGAGAACAACAUUUCUCCAGCGGAGAUUUCCCAGUGGACCAACCACAGGGUGAUGGAGUGGCUGCGGUCUGUGGACCUCGCUGAAUACGCUCCCAACCUGAGAGGCAGCGGAGUGCACGGGGGGCUGAUGGUUCUGGAGCCACGGUUCAACGUGGAGACCAUGGCGUUGCUGCUGAACAUCCCUCCGAACAAGACUCUGUUGCGUCGCCACCUCGCCACACAUUUCAACCUGCUCAUUGGUACAGAGGCCCAGCAGCUCAAACAGGAGUGUCUUGAAAACCCAGACUACACUCUGCUUACUGCCACCACCAAGGUCAAGCCAAAGAAACUGUCGUUUGGUAGCUUUGGGAGUCUGAGGAAGAAAAAACAGGAUGAGAACGAGGAGUAUGUGUGUCCGAUGGAUGUGGAGAUGCCAAAGGGAAGAAGCUUCCAGAAAGGCUUCGAGCUCCAAAUCUAUGAGGACGACCUUGACAGGCUAGAACAGAUGGAGGACUCUGAGGGAACCGUGAGACAGAUUGGAGCUUUCUCUGAGGGUAUUCAAAAUCUGACGAGCAUGCUGAAAGAUGAUGAAUUCUUCAAAGAGAUUUCAAAUUCACCAAACCACAGUGUAACAGAUGAGGACUCGAACGCAUGAGACUGUCAGCACCAAAAGACCUGGUCCUGCUGUGAAUGAAACUCUGUGCCAACCCCCUCCACCCGCACACGGACUUGUCUCAACAAACGCCACGAAAGAAUGCUCCCUCUUUUCCUUUUAGUGUUACAUUCAGAGAUGAGCCAAAAGUAUUACAGUGUCUUUCCCUUUUUUCCGUUUGAAACAAUGGUGUUGUGAAAGCCUGCAGUCCAGUAGCCACUAUUACUCCUGAACUUUGUCUCUGUUACUGUCGUCUGACGGCAGAAAAAACAUUUAGGGCAACACCACUGCUUGCCCACCAGCUGGUUUCUGGAGAUAUUUUGUACUCAGUUGUGUACUGGCAUCUUUCUUUUUAUGACAGAACUGACUUGUCAACCAGCAGAAAGAUGGCAUCUAGUCUAAGCCAAUAUAGAUUUAAUAUAUGUUUUCUAAAUGGCCUUCUGACUGUAGAAAUACUGGGAAAAAGAAAUGGACUUCAUAGAAGUGGUAUGCUGAGCAGAUUCCCCCAUUUUUAGAAGUUAGUGUAAAAUAAAAACUCUGAAACAGCUGCUAUGUUUUCUACACAAUUAAACCCUGCUAAGUAAUUGAUAAUUAUCUCAUAUUUUAUCCUAUUCUGAAGACUUAACAGGUUUUCACUGAGCAGUAACUCUCUGCAUGCAUUUGCACCAAUACAUAUCAUACCGUACAAAGCCUAAUGAAUAUCAUUGCAUGGUAUUGAAAUCCAACACAUUCAUAUAUGAGUUUGUCAUUUAUUUUAUUUGAACCAUAAAUUGAUUUCAAUGGAAACCGGUUUGUUUUUACAGAGUUAUUUUUGGAAAGUGUUGUGGCAUAUUCACAUUUGUGAGACAAGUAAGUAAUAAUGUUGUAAUGCAGCCCUCAACGAUACCUAAGAAAAUAGAUGUUUUGGUUUUUUUUUUACAUUUAUCCACUUACUAAGAUCAAUAAAGUAAUUUAAAUAAA